AUGUCUAAAGGCCGGAAAGAGGCAAGAGCUGCCUUCUUCGAGAUGAUGGAUGAAUGGUUUGGUGAUUACUUGAGAAACUGCCCCAAUAUACCACGACCUCCUCCACCCCCUGCUCGGCUUGAGGGAGAAGUGCCACAAGGUAUGGCACCUGUGAGAAUUGGUAAGGCCUCAAUGGAUAAAUUUAGGAAAUACGGGGCUGAAGAGUUUAGGGCUAGGGUUGAGGAUGAUGCGGAACGAGCUGAGUUUUGGCUUGAGAACACUGUGCGAGUUCUGGAUGAAUUGUCAUGUACACCCGAGGAAUGCUUGAAGUGUGCUAUAUCUCUUCUAAAAGAUACUGCAUACCACUGUCAAAGGUUUUUGGACUGGAAGCGAAAGGAGUUCCUGGAACUUAAACAAGGAAAUAAAACUGUGUUAGAGUAUGAAAGGGAUUUUGUAAGGUUAAGUCAGUAUGCAGCGGAUUGGGUCCAAUUAGAGACAGAAAUGUAUAAGCUCUUCGAGGAAGGUUUGAAUGAAGAAAUUAAAUUGUUGAUCGGGAUCCUUGAGAUACGAGAAUUUGCUGCAUUAGCUAAUUGGGCCAAGAAGGCUGAAGAGCUAAAUAAUUAA